AUGUCUUACAAGACCUACAACCUGAUGUGGCAGGAGGCUCAGGAGGAGCUAGCGAACCUCCUUCGGGAAGACGAGGCACUCCGUCGUACCAUCAUGUUCAAGCGCAGUGCGCUGGUCGCGGCCCUGGAGCGGCAGUACGUGCGCUGCGUGAUCGUGUCUCGUAGCCUGGAUACGGUGCACGACAAUCUCAAGCAGCCGCAGCGCCGGCAGCUGGUCAGGCAGCAGCUCGACCUCAGCCUCAUACGCCUCCUGGAGAUAAAGCACGAACUAUGUUCCUUGGACGCGAGAGACACGCUGCACGCUGACCACCUCAUGAUCAAGCUCCGUCUGCAGCCCCAGCAGUUGCUGGUCCGGGUGCCCACAUACUUCGUCAGGGACAGACAGCAGCUCCUGCUCGAGAGGGAGCGCUUGAUGGCCCGGUGCCUGGAGGAGGCUGGCGUGGCUAGUGUGGAGGAGGAAGAAGCUCUACUGACGGUGGCUGAGGCUAUCGCCAUCCUGCAGCGGCACGAGAGGGCGAGACAAGCGCGUAACAGAGCCCUGCAUGCCAAGGCCGUCACAACAUCAAAAGAGCGCGACCGUGGGCGCGGUCGAGGGGCGCCCGAGAAGCCCUUGAGUCGCGACGCCGCAGCGGUGCUGAUCCAAGCGCACGUCAGGGGCAUCAUCGCCCGCGCCGCCGUCGCCAGGAUGAAGCAACAAGAGAUGGUCUUCCUGGGCAUGGAGGCAGAUGCAGGAUCAGCUCAAGCUGCGGCAGUACAAGAAAAGCUCAAAGAGGUUCGCGAGGCAGCGUAUAAGGAUCAGAAGAAGCUUUUUCGGGACCUUGAGUCUGUCAAGGAUCAGGAACGUCGGAGGAUAAUGUUUGAGGAAGGUCCUCAGAUGGUGCACGCCUUGGAGGAGAGCCUCAGAGAAUGGAUUUUCCAAGUCAAACGUGACACGGGCAAAUUCCCCGAGUUCCCCGAUGAAGAAGAUGGCGGGUCUGCAGCCAUAGACGGGGUUUUAGACCCCUUGCGCCCUCGGGGGUCUGAGGUCGUCAAGGAGGAGCAGCUUGACGUGGAGACGGAAGGUGACAGCAACAAGCCCCAGCAGCCCCAGGACGAUGAGGAAGAAGAGCAACUUGUGAUGGUGCGUCAGUCCUGCGUCACCCGCGAGCUCAGCGAUGCCUGCGCUGCCUACAGAGACAUUUGGCAGGCGGAUGCUGUAGGCGACGUGGCUGAGGAGGUGCAGAGGGCGCUGGUGCUGGAGCAGCAGCGGCAGGGCGUACGCGUCGCCGUCAGGAGCAAGGUGGACGCCGUGCUCAGGGUGCAGCUGCAGAAGCUCAAGGAGGAAGUGGAAGGCGAGAAGAAAGGAUCUCGUAAGAAGAAGCGCACGAAGAAAGGAGCAAAGAAGAGCAGGAGGAGGAGGGAGAAAGACCUCACGCCUGAUCGCUCCACCGAGUCCCUCUACGAAGAGCUUGUCAUCAAUGGCAUCGUGCGGAGCGUGCAGCAGCACCCCGGCCUGGACGCUCUCAGCGCGGCCCCCAACACAGCGGGCCACCGCAGCCUCGCCCUCACUGGCUGGCCCGCCCCCUCCUACGGGGACUUCAUCAACACCCUCGUGGAGUACGUCGCCCUGCCCCUCGGUCUGGAGCGACUGCACGAGUUGGCGGAGGAAGACAGCGGCGGCGGCGGCGGCGGCGGCGGCGGCGGCGGCGGCGGGGCCGUGAACGAGAGCCUGGCGGCGGCGGUGGUGCGCAGCGUGCUUGUUGUACUGCUGCUCCAUCUGGUGCUCAAGGUGGGAAGGCUGAUGCAGCCAACAAUUAUCCUCGUCGACGAGGCAGAAAAAACUUUCCUCAAGAAGGUGCCGAAAACGGACAAAUCUGAACCUCGUCGCCUGCGCAAGGAGUUGCCGCGACUCGUGAAGGCGAUUGCUCCUGAGGAUAGAAUCAUCUUGAUCGGCAUCACCAACUCGCCAUGGAACUGCGACUUAAAAAACCUGACGUCGGUGUACCAGAAGAUUUUGCUUUGCCCACGCCCCUCGUUCAGCGCUCGCGCUGCACUCUGGGGGCACCAGCUUCUGCAUCAUGGAGCGCCUAUGAGCUCUGCACAAGACAUAAGUUGCUUGGCCAGGAUCAGCGACGGCUUCACUGCCGGUCAAAUCUGCCUUGUGACAAAGCAGGUCGUUUCUUUGAAGAAGAAGAUAGCCACGGAGAAAUCAGCAGUUCUCAUUCAAGACUUCAUCCCGUAUCUCGCCAAGCAAGAACCGCUCUACAGGGAGGAAGAAGAGGCGAUGGCCGCGUGGUUCCUCAAGACACCACUCAUGAAAAGACGCGCUAAGCUGCACGAGGAACUCAAGCUACUCAAGGAGAAGAAAUCUACAGAUAAGAGUGGUAAAGGCCGCUCCAAACCUGCCAAAAAGAAGAAAUAAUGUUGUUUCUUCUUCAAUUGUAACUCGUCAAACGACAAAGAAUAAAUAAUAGUACAAAACAGAA